CGAACCGUCUAUGGCAUGGUGCAAAAUGGAGUCGCGGUGUCUUGCGGAGAAUGCAGCAGCAGCGGCACCAGCGAUAUCACCGAACCAGGGUCGCCGUGCAGCACCAGCAGCGACGAGGGGGUAGCCGCGGUACGCGGCACAUCCGCCAGUCCGUUGCCGUCUCUACCCAAGCUGGCGCCGUCGUCGCAGCUCGGUACCAGGCCCCAAUGGCCCUGGACCCCACCGUUGGCGGCGACCGCCUGCUCCACCACCGCAUUCAAGAGGCUGAGGGGCGAACCUGAGGCUGGCGCUCUCCCGCGCUCCGGCGCCGCCGAUCCCACCUCCAGGGGGGCCGUCAAGGGGAACGGAAAGAUCACGGGCGGCCAACACCACCACGAGUCCCAGGGCAAGAUCACGGAGUACUUUAAGACGCAGAUUAAGCCGCAGCAGCCGAAGAUAAAGAAAACGAACGAAAUGGUGCUGGUAGCGAAGAGCUCGUCGGAAUUUCGAAGGCCACCCGUGGUGCAGAGGAACAAGGGCGGCCUUGCUAAAUACUUGGGCACCGUGUCGCCCAAUGCGAACCAGAAUACCAUGACCAACGAGCCCUGGGAAGUGAGGACGUUGACGUCGACAAACACGAAAAAGGUACCGGUGGUCAUCGUGCCGAGGGCCAACGGUAAGAUAGACAAGAAGCUGCCGAAGUCGCUGCCAAUUCUGCCAAUCUCGAACGACGUGCUGAAAAAUCUGCCCAAGAUCUCACCUCUUAGGUUAACUUCGGACGCGAGUAUUAAUUCGACUAAGGGCAACUCCCCGCCGGCUACUGCCGCCUCGCCACUACUGGACGAACCGUUGGACUUCAAGGCAAUCUUGGCGGCGAAGCCGCAUGUGAAUGAGAACAACAACCUGACGAACAGCUGUGGAGGUAUCCUGGGUGCGUUAAGGUCGCAGAGCGGCCACGACUCUCCCAUUUCGAGGCUAUUCUCGCCGUCGAAGGAGGACAGUAAGGGCGAGGAUGGCCAAUCGGCGCCAGUCGACGAAGACGAUGUAGAUGAGGAGGACUCCCGAGGCAGCGAAUCGAAACCGUCGCCUAUCCUCUCAGCACCUACUACCAUUCGGUUUCCGGCACGAGCGCCCGAGAAGGACAGACCGCAGGCUACUGACAGCGGGAUUUGUCGUUGGGAUAAGUGCGAAGCCAGCUUCGAGUCUGUGGGUGGUCUUUUAGAGCAUCUACAGGCUGCACACAUCAACACGCAAACUGGCGGCGACAAUUUCGUCUGUCAUUGGCAGGGAUGCAAGGUGCAAGGUAGGACGUCAUGUUCCCGGCGAUGGUUAGAGAGACACGUUCUGUCUCACGGCGGUAACAAACCCUUUCGAUGCAUCGUCGACGGUUGCGGUUGCAGAUUUAGCUCCCAGACCGCCCUCGAGAGGCACGUGAAUGGUCACUUCAAUCAGUCGGAAACGAGCAGCAGUAACGGGAGACGUAGUUGCGAGAAUGGCGGCAAGCUCGUUAGAAGAAAUGGCAAGAAGCUUAGAUAUAGGCGGCAACCUUGGUCAGCGAGACUUUUUGAUUACUUUGACUCGGGAAUAAUGGAGGGUCUCCAGCACAGGCUACUGGAACUAGCGACAUCGAGGACGCAAGGGCGACUAGCUGAGACGCCAGGAAACUCGAUGGUACUAACUAGUCAAGUUUUAGCGAGAAGAGUCGAAUUGGACGGGAAGAGGAAGGUAUUACUGCGGUGGUAUCCUCAAGAUAUAGAACCGGACGAAUGGGUAUUAGAAUCCGAAGUACAAAGUACGAAACACGUAGGUAUUCGCAAAGCGGCUGCUAGUAACCCGGAACAAGUGAGUUUAGCUCUCUAUCCCGCGAUAAGCGGUCGCGCACCGCCGACGGCGCGAGCGAAGCAGCGCCGGAAGCCGGCAAAGGACUCGUGAUAAUGUCGGCCAAUCGGCAUACCAGAACUGACCUAACGAGCGCCGACACCUGAACCAGAGAAGAAGAACAGAGUGCUGCCGUUGACACGAGAGCACGACACAGUCUAUAACGCUUCCUGGUUGGUGAAGACGAGGGCCGCGACGGUGCGACCUGAAAUACCCGAACGUAUCGAAAGAGACGGAGGCCGCUUUAGAAGAUAAUUUAUCUGAAGAUGAACGACCAAUCCUUGUAGAUCGAUUAGGAAAUAAGAAUCGCAAUGUCGAAGGAAAUCGAGAGAUAAAUUCAGGAUGACUCGAGUAGCAGACAGUAGCGAUAAGAUCAAGGGACACGUCUGAAGGAUGAACAAAGGGGAACGCGAUUAUCCGUCCUCCGUUUUCGGGGACGAGAAUAUUGCUCAGCAAUGAACAUCUUCGUCAUUAUUUAUCGAUGGAUACAUCUACUAAUCGCGCUAAUUCUACGCGGAUCUCUGCCACGAGUACCUCGCAUAUUUCGACGCUCGUCGGCUUCGGAAGCGCUAAGUCUGGGCCUCGAAAGUGCCUCACUGUGGAUACGUUUUGUACCGAUAUACUGCCGAUCAAGAUCCCAGAGAUAGACGCGCGGGGGAAGCGGCAGGAACGGUAGACAAAGACAAAAAGCGAAAAAAAAAAGAAAGCAGUAAAGAGCUUUUGCGUAUUUGGUUUUGCCAAAGGAAACAGAGGGAGUGCACAGACAAAAUAUUUAAGCGGUAGUUAACAAUUUAUAAGGAGAUAAUCACUCUGGUGGCCUUAAGACUCAAUUAAUAUCUAACAUCGGCCCCUUGGCACUUCCGGGAACUGAUGGUCUUUGCGAUCUCCGACGAUGCUUCGAGAGAAAGGUAAAAGAAGAGAGAAGAUACGUCUACCUCGAUUUACAACUCGGUAGAAACUCGCGUUGGUCGUCGUCAUGACAUGAAAUGGGACACGAAGAGGAAGAGACACGGGAAGAAAGAAGAGGAUCGUGGACAGCGCGAAGCGGGCGCAGAAGACUGUAUCGGGAUUGUAUGAGAGACUUAGAGAAAAUCGGGGAAGGGCGGGUUUAGGCUGUUAGGUGAGGAUGCAAGACAGUACGGAUGAAAGCGUGCAUGCGUGUGUGUAAGAGAGACCGAGUGAUAAUGCUCCGAAUUCGCCGUUAUUUCCCUGAAUGGGGUUGACAGUCUCCCAGGCUUGAAAAGCUCGGCACGAAAUUGAAAGAUUGCGGAAUAAUCGGACGACACGUACGCCACCCGAGGUUUCUAACGAGGAUUGUUUCUCUUCGUUCUUCGUAGAGAUGGAACGGAGAGGCGAUGUACAAAAAAACAAAAUUAAGGAAAUGAUAGUGUUCUCAGGGCCCGAGGCAUGCCCGAGCCAGCUUUUUGUAGAGAGAGGCGCACGGCAUCGAGCUUGCCUCGUUUCCGUGCCUGAAACGUGUUUUCGUGUACUUCAUCAUCGCGUUACUUUUAUCUUUCUGCUGAGUCUCGCGCAGCGUGUUAACGUACGCUCGCCGCACGAGAGAGCACAAAAUUUAAUCGAGUGCUAAGAUGAAGAAAACUGGGAGUAGUUAACAUGCUGCGCGACCGCAACCGAUGAGCUGUUACCCUCAAAAGGGGUAAAUUACGUAGGCUGUGUUACAUUUCCCACGACUUGUUAAGCGAAGAAUGUUAUAAAGGGAGUGAACAAAGAGCAAGACGUGCACGCGUCGCCGCUCCCGCGCGUACAUAGUUUAUCGCGGUUGUAAAAAAAGAUAAAUUUUGCGACCAUGAAUGCUUGUGAACGAUCGCGGAGCAGCAACGCCGCGUGCAUGUACAUGCGUAGCGAAUAGAACUUCAUGUAAAUUAAGACUCGCGAAGGAGAAGAAUAUACGUCGUGUCGUGUGUGUUGAAUGAUUGAAAGUGCGUUGAAUGAGAAAUUGAUGAGACGACUGAGUGAGAAAAUAGGAAUGGAUGAGUAGAUAAAAUGUGAAUGAAGGAUGGAGAGAGAGAGAGUUGGAGAGAGAAAUGGAGACCGUAUGUGACACACAGACAGACAAAGACGGUACGUCAUUUACACACCAGCUAAGAAACACUGCCAAUAUAACUGUAAUUAAGAGCUCUACGACAUAAUUAAUCAAUUAAUUAUUCUUACUAUUAUUAUAAAGUAUGAUUGUAAGUGUAUAACCGAAUAGAUCUCUAGCUGACGCGCGAGGAUGCAUGUAACAAGAAGCGCGGCCAUUCCGAUAACGCGUCGUCGUCACGUCCGUCCCAUGGGACAUGAUAUUUUAAUGAAUGACAAUUUACUUUUUCUCAAAACUGCCCGCGUGUGAAGGGGGGGUGUUCCGUGCGCGCGGCGUGCGCGGCGCAUCGCGAACCGCGAGGCCGCGAAGUUGUAAAUGUAAAUACUUAGUUGAAAUUAUCGUAACGAAACGGCAUAUUACACGAAAACCCUGUACUCGCGCAGCCGCGGGCUUGUUACUCGUCGCCGUUGAGGCAAGCCACUCGCGAGUACGCGAAAGCUAUCUAAAAAGAAGAUAUAUCUCUCUGUAUCCGUUGAUUUUCGAGCACAGCGUCCCCGCGAGGGCGGCAUACGGCGGUGGAUUUCCUUCCUUCCUUCCUUUUGAAGGGACCGAAGGAUCAACACCGGAUAAUAUAAACGCGUCACUGCCAGAAUCACGCACUGCCAGCCCCGUCGUUCUAACGGCGCGCCUCUAACGUAGUAUCUCUCUCUAUUGCACGAGCAUAUAUUCGUUCAUAACGUGCUUCUAAGAAACUCGUCGUCGGCUCUUUUCUCUUUAUACGUACAUUCAUACACACACAUAUAUACACACACGGCCUAGCCGCAGCCACUGUUCCCGGAUUUGUACAUCCUUCGAGUCUAUAUCGCCGUUCCUAAAGAAAGUCAUUUACAUAACGCUUUGCAAGUUAAUUUGAAAAUUAUGCCGUAAGCUGAAUUUAAUUUUUACGUUUGGACGAUAUCCGUAAACUUAGGACAAUUAAUUAUUCGCGCCCUGAACCUGUGUUCUAAAUCUAAAUGGAGUGAUGAUUUAUUUUUAGCUUUAGAAAAGUAAUUAUUUAAUUUUUAUAGUUUUCUUUAAAACCGGCGAUAUUCUCUCCGAGCGCUCAUGUAUCGCGCACUGCCAAAUUUCGUCGUGCACGUGAUCUAAGGCACUGCCAGUGAGACAUAUACAGAACAGGACGAGGGUGAAAAGAGAUAUCACGCGUUCUGCCGGGGAGUCCUGUUUACUCGCGUUUCGAAUCGAUUCAAAGUUUUAUCGGGACGACUCCUUAAUGCCAUACGAUGUUUCGUGAGGAAUCGUUCAUGUGUUCUUCGUGAUCCCGCUUUCGGGCCGAAACACGAUAAGAUAUAAAAGUUUAAGGAGCGAAGAAGAGUUGUUAUAAGAGUAAUAUCAAUAUAUCAAGAUGUACAAAUAACACAAAAAUCGAGAUACGUUGCUUAAAAGAUGCUCGAAAAAUAAGGGUAUCUUUGUGACGUAUUUUAAACGUUUGCGUUAGUUUCGAGUGAAGUGAAAAUUGUAUAUUUAAUCCUUGCUUCUCUUCGACAUCCGCAUUUCAUAUCUCAUUGUGUUUCGAUCAUUCAUACGUUCAUCGUCUAACUUUUGUUCUUUUGUGGCGCGAUUAUUUCUCCUUCCGACCGUUGUUUCUAUCAUUUCACCUUGCCAAUUUUCUGUCACACGAUCUCUGCUCAUUGUAAAACGGAUUGUCGUCAGUCAAGAUUGUAUCGAUUAGGUAAGGGACCAAUCUUUUACGUACGUGAAAACUUAUCUGCCAUUUCUGGCAACAAAUAAUCGUUUCACGGAACAUGUCUUUCUUUGCAACCGACCAAUUAGAUCGAUCGUACUUCACGACUCUUUAGUUGAUAUUUAGAUAUAAUUUAUUUAGAGAGAGAGAAAAAAGAGCUGAGCAGAGGUUCCGUUAGUUAUUAAGUUCUUAUUCUUUAAAAAAAAAAAUCAUUUUUGUAGUAUUAGCGUAAAGGUGAGACGAUAGAAAGAACUCUCGGUUUAUCUGAUCGCGCUUGAUCUCGUGGAAUGGAAGAACCGCGACAAAUGGUAAAAAGAGUGAGACACGGAGAGGAAUGCACUCUUCGAAGGUCCUUCCAGUUAUAUUAUCUACUUCUCGCGAAUGUAAAAUUAAAUUCGAGCGGAUCGGCAAUACGAGAAUAACAUAAAAGUACAAUAAAGGAAUUUUAGUUUCGUGGUAAUUUUUCCGGACGAGCUCGGUUUGAUACCCUAGCGAUCCUGUUUACGAUAAGUUUAUUCGAGAUUGCGAAUAUGUUUAGGACGCUCUUGUAUAAUUAUGCUUUGUAUAAUUAUGUAAUUGGCGGGUCUAAUUCCGAUUAAGUAUUUUCUCAUACGUUACGUUCUCUCGUUUUUUCCCCUUCUACUAAUCGCGGAUAAGAGUCGCACCUGUGUUUAUUGUCGCUCGCCAAGAAAACGAACCGAUUACAUUUAGCUAAAACAAUUUCUUUACGCUGUCGCGUGACGGCCGAAUUUCUUAGCACGUCCGAAUCGACGGCGGUGAAUAAAUUUUUCUCUGUGAACUGUGAAGAAUAUUGAAAAAUACACGUGGCCUAGCCACACACAUACACACACGCGUAACUGUAGCAUUUCGUGUAUUUACCAUCGUUCGUAUCGGCCUGCUGACAAUUCUAAAUUAUCGUUGUAGAAUCAAUGUCGAUUUUUUUAUAAUAAUGAUAAUAAAGAGACGGAAGGCUGAAAGAGAACUGGGGGGGGGGGGGGGGGCACGCGUAAAACGAUUUGUAUACGUUUUUCUAGUGCACGAAGUCUGACCUGAACGGAAAUCAUCUCACUUCUAUGAUUUCUGGUGUUCUUUUUUUUACACGUUUCGUGCGGGUUUUUAAAAAAUAGAAUUAUAUAAAUUAUAAAUCAAUUCACGCGAUGCUGCGCAAUGCACUAAAUAAUACGGGCGUACAUUUAAGAGAAACAUAAAGUGUUCUCUAAGUUAAUUAGGUCUGUAUUAGCAUUGGAAAAAAGAGCGGAAAAUAUAGUAAAGCGAAAUAUGCGAACACUUAUUCUUUUUUUUUCCUAUCGGGUUUUUGGAAAGAACUUUGCGGAACACACAGACAUACACAUACACAACAUAAAUAUAUACGUCGUAGAUUUACUUCUUUUGAACGGUGUGUGCGAGAACGUGAGAAAGAGAGAGAGAGAGAAAGAGAGAGUGAGAGAUUAGCUGUAAUUAAUAUAGGACAAAAAAUGAUGGGCACGCGAAAGGAAAAGAAUGAAAGGGAUGAAUGAAAGAGGAGGAAUGCGAGAGUAUGGAGGGGUACAGGAUUUCUGUAGGCGUCGUAUUUUUGCAAAAAUUAGAAGAAGAAAGCGCAAAUGAAAGCAAUACGAAAGAAAUUUUACCUGUGAGAUUCUCCGUAUAUUUACUUAAUCACGACUUAAUUACAAACCUCA